UAAAUGAUUAAGUUCAAGAAUUUACGAUAUUAUUAGUAAUAAACAAUAAACUCUCAAAACAGGGUUUUCCCCAAUUCCACUCACAAUGUUGCGAUUCAGAGUUCUGUCGUUAAUAUAUCUGUUAUUAAGUAACAGCCACCAAUAUUUGUGUCUCCAAGAAGAUUACUACUGGCGACAAUACACAGGAGAAGUUCCUAAAGAUGCUGUAGUUGGAGGUCAAGAUAUCAACCACAAAGAUGUUUAUAUCGGACAAGCUUAUGUUAAAAAUGAAGGUCUUUUUGUGGUUCAAAUUUUUGCCGAUAGAAAAGAGAUUUAUGCGCCUAUAAAAGGAAUGAAAAAAAUAGAAGGAAAUAUUAUAAAAAUACUUUGUGGACCCCAAGAAAAUUUUUAUUGGAUUUCUGUGAAUUCUAGUAACCUUCAUUUACAAUUGCUUCAUCAACAUGCUGUGAUUGGGGGACAUGAAGAUAGAUCUGGAGUACUAAACAUUGGUAGAAUAAGUUACGAAGGAGAAACUAAAAUUGGAAAAAUUAAUUCGUUUAAUGUAGGAAAUGCUUUGUUCUUUUUUAAUAGGAAUCAAAAAGAGGAACAUGUUAACUCUUAUGAAAUACUUCUAUAUAAAGAAAAUAAUCUCGAUAUUGAUGCUCGCAGUAUAACAGUUGCUAGUAACAAAUAAAUAUAGUUUAAGUAAAAUUAAGUACAUAAAAUUUGUAAUAGUUUUAGCCUAGUACAUAAACCCGCAAACAAUGUAUAGCAAAGGCAGAAAUAAAUACUCUUUUAGCUUU